AUGUACUCUUCUUUCCUUCUUGGAGGAGAGCCUAUCCCAAUGGCAUUUGCUAUGCAUACACUGAUGGCCAUGAAGAAAUUACUCUUCUCUGCUGUGCUGUUCGCUGCCUCUCAACAUCCCCUUGUGUACAUGAAUAGAAUCAGUGGCAUGCCGGCAGUAUUUGAGCCAGAUUCCAUUGACUAUGAGGAUGACCCAAAUGCAAAAGAGGCGAGAGCUCCUAAGCCUCUAGUGGUGACUGUGUAGGAAGUAGUAGUGCUUGGAAGGUGUGUUUUGUAAUGAAGAGAUGAUGAAAUAUCCAGACUUGCUGAAAUGUUCUCUUCUGUGCAAUUAUUAAAGACACAGGAACGCAAGACUUCCAUUGCAUCUAGCCACCCUACUGACUAUGUGAAUACAAGAUCUGCAGUCUGAGGAGGAAUGAGAACAUGAUCACUUCACGUGGUCAAUUCACAAAUAAUGCCAAGCUCCUGUUUGGUGCUAUGGGAAGGAAUCUUCUGCUCACACCCACCUUCUGAUGUAAUAUCUUUAGCAUCAAGCAAUCCUUUGCGAUUGCAUCUGGAACAGCAGACUAUGGUUUGCACUUGCCUUGCACACCAGGAUCAAACCCUGAUUUGCAAUUCUGGCUUGCACAAUGUAUUAUUUAUGCUAUUUAUUAAAUUUAUACAUCCCACCCUUACUUACAAGAGAGCUGAGGACACAAACUGUAACUUGUUGGUUCAGAUGUAGCAGCAAACCAUGGUUUUCUACAACUAUGGAAGUAACUAAUUAAGCGUGAGCAAGUGCAGAUUUACAUAGUGGAGCCUUGGUGGUUUAAUCUGAAGCUGAGCUAGGUUUGACCUAGCUGAUAAUAUUUAUGAUUUCUCUUUCUUCAUUUUAUUGUUGGUAUUUGUUUUACAUUAUGGUUUGUAGUCUGACAAAUUAUAAUGAGACUGCCGUGGCCUUUGGAUAGUACAAUAAACUUACUGAUUGAUAGUGUCAAAUCAUGGUUUGCCAUUAAAUCUGAACAAGUGAUCCCACAGUCAAGCCAGUAUUGCUCUUUUUAUCGAGCCAUAUAAUAAAAGUUGUUAUUGUUGCAUUUCUGUUUCUUUCAUUGCACGCCUAUGAGUAGAGUAGGAUUCUGAACAGUGUUAGCAAAGCAGAAAGUUGUCAUGGGUGGUAUGAAGAAAAGGCAAUAGAAGGGGUUGUUGCUGCACCAGAGUGGGAGUCAUCGCUCCUUAAUAAUAUCUUGCUGCCUUGAAGCUGUUAAAGUAACAAGCGUUGUCUCCUUGAGUCAGGGGCUGGCAAGCUUAGUGAUACAGUCAUAAGUCGUAGGCAGUGUUUAAUUUUAAAAAUGACAGGUCCCUGUCUGGGAGUCAUUCCUUCCGACCUGGAAAUUCUUCCCCUUUGUACUAAAUGUGUGUGUGGCAGAGUGGGGGGGUGGGAAGCAGCUUGUGGUUACUCAGUGGUCAGAAAAAAUGUAGUCUGCUCAUGCUUGUUCUACAUUUAUUACUUCAUAUUUUCCACAGCCGAUACUGGAACUAAGGUUGUGUUCACACUCCCGUUUGCUGUGACCUCACUGUGUUUCCAGUGCUGUGUUCUUAAUCCAUAUUCACAGGGCAUUAUCCAGGACAAGGAAUGGGGAAACAGAGGCAGAUGUGAGAAAAUCAGUGUGCACUUAAGUACGGCUUACACAUACUUAAAACUUGGUUUCAGUGGAGACUGAGGGGAUUAAAACAAAGGCUACACGGAAGAAGGUAGGUUCUGAGGAGUGAGUGACUGAGAGCUGCUAUUGUGGGUAAAAGGUCAGUCCAUUUAUGCUCCAGGGUGAACGUUUAUCAGUCUGUCGGCAUCAUCUAGACAAUACUGACUGCAGUUUGGAAUCCACUUAGCUGUUGUUGGGUAAUAAGUGACUUCAGGAGGAAUGUGGUCACUUUGAUUUAUCAAAUAGUUUUUGGCUUAGAGAACAGAAUUUUGUAGUCCUCGUGAAUUUGUCCCAUUCUUCAGCAGCCUGCCUGAUCUUCUGCCUCUUGGCCCCCCUUCUCUUCAGCCUCCUGUUCUGCCUCUGAUUCUGGCCUGCUCUCUGCCACAAACUCUUCCUGCUCAGUAAACCCUGUUACCAGCUUCUGACACCUCCUCCUCCCCCUCCCCGUCUGGCACCCAGGAAGGCUGCAGAAUGCAGAUCAUCAGAAAGAUUAUGUGUACAGUGGAAGAAAGGACAGACACAAAUGUCUCCUGCCCACUUUGAAAGUAAUGUAGGAUAAAAAGAAAAACGCCUAAGAUCUCACAAAAAAAACCCUCUCUCCUUUCAUAACUUUUCAAUGCAACCUCUUUUCGGCAAUGGGGGCAGAGAGCAUAUAAACUUAAGGCAUUUGCAGAUGAUGUGAUGAUAUCGGUAGAGGAGCCCAUGGUCAGAGUACCAAGGGUUUUAGAACAAAUUUCUGAAUUUGGAGAGGUAGCAGGUUUUAAACUUUUUUUAAAAGAUAAAAAUUAUGGUGGAAAAUAUGAAUGACCAGAUAAAAAUGAUCUACAGUUAUCAACAGGGUUAAUGAUUGAAAAUAAAAUUAAAUAUUUGGGAGUAUGGUUAACUCCAAGGAAUAUAAACAUUUUAAAAGACAAUUAUAUGAAAGCUUGUAGAGGGGUUAAGAAGAGCCUAGAAAUUUGGGGAAGGAUGAACUUGUCACUUAUGGGGAGGAUAUAUGUGAUAAAAAUGAAUGUGCUACCAAAAAUGUUAUUUCUGUUUCAAACAAUACCAGUGAUCAGCAAUACAAUAUACUUUAAAGAAUGGCAGAAAGAUAUCCCUAGAGUUAUCUGGCAGGGAAAGAAACUAAUAAUAAAGUAUAAAUUAUUGAAAGAUGCCAAAGAAAGAUUUUUCUUACCAGAUUUGACAUUAUAUUUUGAGGUGUCUGGUCUUUGCUGGUUAAAGGAAUGGAUAUUGUUGGAAAACGGUUCCAUAUUAGAUCUUGAAGGACAUGAUAACAGAUUUGGUCAGCACGCCUAUUUGUGGUAUGGCAAGGUUAACGUUCAUAAAGUUUAAAUCAUGUUAUAAGGAAACAGGUGUAUGAAGAAUGGGGGAAGUUUAUAAUCUAUUUGAAAAACUAUUGUAAACAAUUACACACAUUGGUAGGAUUGACAGAAAACUUGUAAAAAUUUGAACUAUGGAAUGAUAAAGGAUUUAUGAGUUAUGAAAGAGACACAGAGGGAAAAUCAUUAUAUUAAGAUCCACAAUGGGGUGGGGGAGGAAGUCAAAGGGGAAUAUAUGUUUAUGUUUUGAUUUUGCUUGUAUAUAUAAAAUAGAAAAUGCAAAAAUAUAUAUUUUUAAAAAAGAAAAAGGACCAAAAAAAUUCACAGAUUUUUUUUCAGUACAGUACUGCUUUAUAUCCUGCCUUUCUACCAUGUUGUAAUUCAAGGCAGUAUACUAAGGAUUGCUAAGCAGUCUCCCAGGCAUUGCUCAAACUCAGACCUGCAUGGCUUCAGCAAGUUCACUGUAUCAUGAGCCUUCAGACCAGGCCCUGGGGCUAAACAGAUGUAGCCGAUUGCUUCCCAUCUAGUUUAGCUUUAGGCUUUAUAAUUCCAGUGCUAAACCCAAGCCUAUGCCUCCAGCAACCAUAUUCUAGAUUACAGCCCCCCCCCCAUUAAUAUGGUUACAGGCUUUCUAUAUGUUGGUUUAUUAAUAUAUUUAUAUUUAUAUAUUUAUCAGUAUGUCUACAUGUUUGUUCAAUCGAUUUUUAUUUUGAAAAAUCUGCUCCCAGACCCUGGAAUUGCCUCUGUUGAGAAACUAGACUAGUCCCACUCUUCAUUGUCCUUCUGCUGCCAGAUGAAAACCUUGCUGCAGGAGGCUUUGGGGAACUGAUUGCUUUUAAUAAAAGGGCUGGUGUCGUGUUGUUUUAUUGUAGUUAUUUGUAUGUUUUAAAUAGAUUUUAUAAGUGCAUAAAGUUCUGAUUCUGUUAAUGCUUAAUUGUUUUUUAAUUAUAGUUUUUUCUGUGUUUUUAGCUAUUUUUGCUUUUAUCUGUAAGCAACGCUGAGUCCCAUCAGGGAAAAAUGCAGGAUAUUAAUAUAACGAUAAUAAUAAUUUGUGCUUAGAAUUUUCUUUAGUAAGCUGUCCAGAGAGACCUUGCCCCAAAAGAGCUAGGGGAGGGAAGGAUAAACUUCCUUCAUGGUGGACUGACACUGGAGGAUCUUGAGGCUAAAAUGAAGUGGGGGGUGGGGAGAAGACUUAGCUGUACAGUGGUACCUCAGGUUAAGUACUUAAUUCGUUCCGGAGGUCCGUACUUAACCUGAAACUGUUCUUAACCUGAAGCACCACUUUAGCUAAUGGGGCCUCCUGCUGCAGCCAUGCCACUGGAAGAUGAUUUCUGUUCUCAUCCUGAAGCAAAGUUCUUAACCUGAAGCACUAUUUCUGGGUUAGCGGAGUCUGUAACCUGAAGCGUAUGAAACCCGAGAUACCACUGUACAUUACACAUUGAGUGUAAUGCCUUAUUUGACCCUUAGAGGGCACACCAGUCAGGAGGUGAAUUAGGAAAAGACCAGUAACUGGAAAUGCCUGACUCCAUCCAAACCCAUCUAAGUCCAAUGUCACCUAGUGACUAAACCACUUAGUGACAGUACAGAGUGUCUGAGAAGAAGGGUAGAGGUUAUGUCCCAAAUUGAAACCCAGUUGCUCCAUGUUCAUUUCUUGUUUAUGCUAAAGUGUGAUGAAGCAUUGAGCACUGGCUUACUGAACUAAAAAGCUUCAGAAUAUUCAUGCUGAGGAGGCUGUCGUGAUGUGUAGGUUGCCUUGGUAUGCAUGAUGCCAAGGUAAGUCUGAUCCUGACAGCCUCAAACCAGAUUUCACCAAGUUUAACUUGUAGCAUGUGAAUUGAUUUGAAGGUAUGGCUCAUAGUUUUGAAGUCAGAGUUCAAGUCUUUCCCCCCACUAGCUCAAAUGAAAGUCCUCAGUGUAAGGUUGAGUGCAACAAUCCUUGUGUGUUCUACGAGGGAAAUGUUAUAUACUGAAGUUCUCACCCUGGGCCAGCAGGGGGAUACUGUAGAUAGUUUCCACUCAGGUCCACAUAUGCAAAUAAGGAAUUGAAAGUGACGUUCAAUGAUUGGAUAGUUACAGAAAGUUGUUACUGUUGCGCUGUAGUGGAGCUCUGUAUAAGCAGGCUGGCUGAACCCUUCAGUUUAGUUCUGUUUUGGCCUGUGAAUAAACAAGAGCUGUUUGAAGAAUCGCUGUAUAGUCUGAUAUGUUCACCUGCAACUUAACAGGAAAUAUAUUGGAAACAUAAAUAGACAGAAUCUGAUCUAAAUGCUGCAUCACUAAAAUACACUCUGCUGAGCAGGCCCUUAGUCUGCAAACUGCAAAUGAUUAUAGCAUUUGUGCCUUGCUCCUUCCUGCUUAUGGAGCAGAAAUUGCAUACCUGCAAAGAAAGCUAAAGAAGAUAAUAUUUCACAUAAUUCCUUUCACCUCAUAAUCUGCAUCUGAUUAUGGAGGAAGGUACUUCUGAGGCAAGAUGCAGAACUGACAGUCAGAACCUCAGAUUAGAACUGGACUUCAGAAGGUUUGAAAUAUAUUCAUAGUUAAGCCGGAAUGAACACUUUUGUGAACCAUCUAUUUUCUCCUUACUGAUUGGAUCUGUUUUUUGUCUAGUUUCUGCACAUGUUUUGGGACUGAGACAGCUCUGCUUGCUGUUGUGGACAGGGGAAGUGCAUCUCAGUGGCCUUUAACACAACAGUAAUGGUAUCCUUCUGAAGUGCCUUUCUGUUACAUCCAGUCAUGAUCUGUGCCCGUGGUGGAAUCUUCCCACAAUUGUUUGCUGUGAGCAAAGUGCAAACUAGGCCAAUAAAAACAAGAAGGCCGUCACAUGCUCACCUCCUGUGUGAAAUUCUACAGUCCAUAACCACAAUACAUGUUGUUUACACAGAGGAAUUAGUUCCAAAAGAAAAAUUUUAUGCUCACAAAUUGGACUGUAUAGGUUAAUCAGAAAAACCUUUUGAUGUUACAAAGAGAACCUAUGGAAGCAUCAGAUACAUAGAUAGAUAGAUAGAUAGAUAGAUGAUAGAUAGAUUAUUUAGUUUAGAUUAGAUUAUAUAUAGUAGGGAAAAAUUAAUGGAAAAUGGAGUGGCAUCAUAGUGGGAGACCCACAGGAGCAGUAAAAUGUUGUGGUUUUUGUAUUUUUAAAAAGAUGGGGUGUGGGGGCCUGGGAGGUUGGAUUCAGUUUGCAGGUUAGCCAGCCCUGAACUAGAACCAUGUAUGAGAACUACAACAAACACAAGUAGGAAAAUGCUAUAUAUAGCGGUAGCGUGGUGAACCUUUUUCAGUCUGAGUUCCAUGUUUCCUUGUGGGUUGGACUGGAGGCAAACCGAUGUGACCCCUCCCUUUGUAAAGUAGGCCACCUUCCAAUCAUGUAAAAACCAGAGGUUAACACUCUGCAUCCUCCAUCCAGAAAAGCCAGCAAGAGGUAGGACCAAAGUUGCAGGACACAUUCCAGCCAGGCUAAAACACUCAAGAAAGCACUAAGCAGGUGAAAGUGAGGGCUGUAGCCUGGGGAUGGGGGCCUUGUUUGAGGAGAUCAUUGAGGGCAAGAUAGAGAUUACUUGAAUCUCAGUUCCUUGGCCUGAGAUUCCCCAGGCCUGCUGUACUGUGUAUACUGUUUUAAGCUGGUUUCCAGAUCUGUAGAAGGAAGCAUGUUUUCCUUGUUCUGCUGCAGCCCCACCCUUUCAGUUUGAAGCUUAACUUCUCUAAUUGCCUCCUACCACCGUACGCAGAGGCAUGUGGGACAAAGCCAUUUAUGUGGCCAAUCAUCUGAGUCCAAUUAGCUUGGGAUCCUUCUUGUCACAGAGAUCAGGAAGUGACUAGUUAUACUGCUUGAGACGCUUUCUGGUGACUAGUGGUCUGUCUGAACAGGAAACAUAUUGCAAGAAGCUUAAGGCAUGGGGACUAUAAAUAGUGCAUGUUUUGAUAAUGGUUUUCUUUCGGGACAACACAUUUUACAGCCUAUUGGCAAGAACUCUUGCAAAAAAAUAGGUCAUGACUGGGAAAGAGAGACCAGAAUUUCUCUGAGAAGAAAAUAGAAGGAAGCUUUCCUUUCAGCUCAUUAAGAUAGCCAUAUUAACUUCCAGGAAAACAGUAAUAAAUGCUUAAUUUUAAGAGCAAUUUAUUUUGGCAGCUGAUCUCUUCCCCUUCCCCCUGAGCUUCUGUUAAAGAAUUCCAGGAAGAUAUUUUUGAAGCCCAUCCUUUUUUGGGUUACCCAAGAUCCUCUUGAAGUAAUAUGCAAUGUAUUAUAAAUUGGCUCACAGAUGCUAAUUUUUGUUUGCCAUGUACAUGGGCAGUAUCACUCCUACCAGGACCCUUCAGAAUUAUAAUAUUAUCUGGUGCCACUUAAUUCCAUUAUAUAAGCAAGCAUUACUUCCUCCUGCUGACCAUUGCUAGGGUGAGACAAUUGUACAAAGGAAGACAUUUGACAGAAAGAGUUUCAGCACAUUCAGAGCAAUGAGGAAAGCUGCACUUGUGAAAAUCCUCUCUUCUAGAAAAUGAUUUAAGGUACAUGAGUUCUGACUUUCAUUGCUAGUGAUCACGCAACCAACUGGUCCAGGUAAGGUACUGGCAACAGGUUGACAGGCAUGCCUUGGUCUUUGUAGCUUAUGAAUAUUUACCAAUGUCUUUUGUUCCCUGCAAGUGGCACAAUCUUAUGGGGCUGUGAGAAUAUGGAGACAAAGUUAGCCCUCCACUUACCUACUGCUAAAGCAAGAGUCUCAAUAGGGUGACUGUCCUGCAAAUGUGGAAAGGCUUCCUUUGAGCCAGGGUUCCAUCCUUGAAUAUUUCAGCACAGUUCUGAAAUCUCUCUUAGGUGUAAGAGCUGAGCCACAAUAUAUUAAAUGUACCGUUUAAUAAAAGAUGAGUCUGAGGAUAUGCUGAGUGUUUCUUCUGCCCCCAAAUCUUACCACUAUUGUUCACAGGUAAUGUUGAAUGAGAAACAUUUAUAGUCUGCCUUUUGAAAUAUUGUUGAGUUGAUUGAUGUGUCUGGCCACAACUUAAUUUAAAAAACAAUCAUCAUACAAUGAACUAAAAACAACAAAAUAAACAACACAGCAGGUAACCAGCAGAAAAGAAAAUUCUAUUUAUAUUUCUUCAAAAAUAACAGGGGGGAAAAAACUAGCCUGUGGCAAACAUUUGACUCAUCUUCUGUAUAUGUGAAUCUGUAAUAAAAUGUAAUCAGAAAACUUUGGAUGGGACUGGCAAUAGUCCUAAAUAAAUAAAUAAGACGGGAUGGGGUUUUUUUGGUAACUCAAUCUGUAACCUUGUUUAAGUAUGCCCUCCCCCCGCAAAAAAAUAACAAUAUUGGAGUAGACAGCAUACUCCACCCAAAAAGGUAUGCCAAAAAUAAAAAAUAAAAAAUUGUAUUUUUCUUCCAAAGCACACAAAGACUUGACACAUUUCCAUGGUGAUAUAACAUCACUUGCUGAGGACAGCUUGGAUGGCCAGAUAUCCCAUAUUUGGAAAUAUCUUUUGUCUUGUUUCCUCACACCACCACUGUACAAAAUGCAAGUCACAAUUGGAAAGGCACCACAGUUCCCCAGCCCAUGUUGUCCCUAAUUUAAUCUGGCAGCCUGAGACAUUGAUACACAUGGAUUUAAAAGAGUGCUUCAAAUCUAAAUGGGUAUUAUUGUAACACUUAGAAAAACAAUUUUAGCUUUGAAAUUGAAAUUGCAGUUCUCAAAACUCACGAUUGUUUUUAUUCAUUGGAGCUUGAAAGGAUUACUUCCUUUGUUUGAGGAUUAUUUGUUGAAUGUUGGGGAAUUUAUCUAUAUAGAUCAGGGGUAGGCAACCUAAGGCCCGGGGGCCGGAUGUGGCCCAAUCGCCUUCUCAAUCAGGCCCACGGACGGUCCAGGAAUCAGCGUGUUUUUACAUGAGUAGAAUGUGUCCUUUAAUUUAAAAUGCAUCUCUGGGUUAUUUGUGGGGCAUAGGAAUUCAUUCAUAUAUUUUUUUCAAAAUAUAGUCUGGCCCACCACAUGGUCUGAGGGAUGGUGGACAGGCCCACGGCUGAAAAAGGUUGCUGACCUCUGAUAUAGAUAAAUCCAGUACCAUCCCGUUUGCAAUUCAAGCACAAGGGUUAGGCGAGGCUGGCCACUCCAUGAGGACUCAUGCCAAGCCAUAGUCUGUCUCGGUGUUACGUCUAAAUCCGGCCAUUUUUUAAAGAUAAAUAUCGUUGUAAGAUGCCAGGGGGUUCAGGCGCUUACCCAGGGUUCAGUUUCCUACAACUUGAGCCUACAAUGGAGAGGCUCACAGCAUCAACACACCCAACUCUGGCCUUUGUCCUUCUAACGGCUAGUUGAGAGAGCAGGGGCCCACCCAUUUGCCGUCUGACAUGGAGCCAUUUCCUUUGUUACCUUCACUACUCAUACUUUAGGGGAGCACUACCUCACCAAGAAGCUGGCCUAGCUAUUUCAGCAAUUGAAUCCUAGCUGGAUCCAGCAAUUAGAAAAGGAUUUAGGCAUACAGCCUAAUCCCCCUGCCCCCACUGUGCAAAAAAAACCCCCUCACAACAUGCUGAUUGUUGUGGCUAUCGAAUAAACAGAAAUGUCCUUUCCAAAUGGCUGGGUUUAUGCAUCUACUUAAACAUUAUCUGUUUAGGUUCACAGUGAAACGUACACGUUGGCUCAUGUUAUUACUAUAAACUGGAUGAAUUCCAACUCUUUUAGCAUCUAGUAGCUCUAGAAAUCACAAAGCAGAAGCUCACCCUUGUUUAAUAAUGGAUUAAGUAAGGAAGUUGAAAUGAAAAAAAAAUUGUAAGAUGAAACAACCUUGGUUAGAAAUACUGCAAGGGGUUGAUUAAAAGUUCUCCCUUGUAAUCCUAUACAUGUCACUCACAAGCAAGUCCCACUGAGUUCACUGUGGGACUUACUUUUUUGCAGAGAUCCUGAGUCCUCCUUCACAUGCACACCUCACAACAUGAUCGGUGUGCUCUAGGCUUGUGGGGUAUCUGUUUGAUAUAGCCAUGACCACAUGUAAAACAAUUUCUGCCCUAGUUCUCUACCCAUAGGGCACUCAGCACAGCUUCACAGUAUAAGAAACACAAUACAAAUAAAAAAAGUAAGAGAACAAAUAUCAAACUACAGUACCAGAAGCAGCAAUCUAAAAUACAAACACUGGCAGCAGUUACACUUAAAACAUUAAAAGAAGGGGUUUUCUCUCUCUUUCAGGUCUAUGGUGACACUCCAGAAAAAAAACGCCCUGUAUAUUGAGGUCAUUUGCUUAACAGCUCAAGAGCUCACACAUCGGCAGAGCUUAUCAUAAGGAGUUUUUUCUCAGAGACACUGUAUCCCACUGGAAGGAAGGUGUUGGAUCUGAUUACCUGGGAAAGGACCACCUAACUGUCCCAGGUAUCCCGUUUACUGCUGUGACAUGGGAUUGGGCCAUGCUGAAGUGGCCCCCACCUUGAUAAGGCAUGAGUGUGGAUGAAUUUUCAUCAUUUUGUAUUCCUGACCUCCCCCCCAAAAAAAAAUCUUUCUGUGACUUACAGGCAGUCUCAGUGAUUAAUCUAAGAUUAUUCAUGCAGCUCAAUCUCAAUGAUUAAUCUAAUCUUAUUCAUGUAGCUGCAAGUUGGGGGGACGUGGCACACUUGAUGCAGGCAGCAUACCUAACUUACAACUCGGCUGCUAUUUAUUAGCUGAGGAAGAAAGUCCAUGGAAGGAAUUCAGCAUAGUGCUAUGGCAAUCGUUCCGUCGGCACAAGCAUUUUGGCUUGCUAGAUGGGACAGUCUCCCCUCUCUCCUCCCCCUGUGGGGCUGUUCUGGAGGUUCUCCUGACUCCCCAGAGCCAAUUCAGGGAGAGGGGGAGGGGGAGGAGAGGGGUGAAACCCUGUUAUGCUAGCAAGGCAGGACUUUCUCUGAGAGGGACUUGUUGGCCGAAUCCAGCCUCAUCCCUUGAUGGAAGGGGCAAGGAACAUCAGGCCCAGCCUGUCAGGCCUCUGUAUCUGACCCUCAGAACUCUCCUCAGGCCACACCCCUCACUGCCUCAGCUUCCUACCCUGAGUGUUUUUGCCUGGCUGGAAUGUGUCCUUUAUGUUAUUUUCACUAAUAUAUGGAUAACAUGAUUGGAGAACAACACUGCAAAAUUCAGCAAAGUGUUUCAGUUUGUAUAAUUUAUUUCAUUUUAGGGACGUGUGAAUUAAAUGCAAACUAAUUUCAGUUUCUCUCUCAUCCUUAGCAGUCAGCAGCUGUAAUCACUUUGAGGCAUGUACCUUUGAAUGA